AUGGCGUCGACACGGCACGUAUCGCGGUGGCAACUGUGCCGCCCGCCCCAUGUGUCUGGAAGCUCCGAAACUUUGCCAGUUUCUUCCUCGAACAGCACUGAAGUGGCUGCAACAGCGUCACCCUCUACACCUCCCGUGUCGCUGCGCUAUCUCAAUGAGUUCGUUGGCAAACUGCAUUGCGCUCCUGCCCUACUGCAACACGGCUUGUUCCCAGACGCAAAGGAGGUGACAGAGAGCAUGGCGCUGUUCAAUGCUGUGCGACGAUACAUUGAGCCCAAGAGCGAAGAAGAAAGUCUCAAGAUCAAUGGAAAACACGAUGGAAUUGUUGUCGUAGGAGACGGCAAUACUCCACGCACGGCUGCGAUGUUUGCGUUCCGGAUGCGAGGAUGGAAGUGUUAUAGUGUGGACCCAGCAAUGGAGAAGGGUACAAGCGAGCGUUCAAAGGGCUGGGCGGACGUGUCGAAUUUAGUGACUGUGCGCAACAAGAUUGAGAAUAUUCGAAUUACCUUGAGACGAGCGAUUGUGGUACUCGUACACGCCCAUGUGACGCUGGAUCAGGCGCUGAGUGCCGUCCAGGCCGAGCAGGUGUGUGGUGUGGUCACACUACCGUGCUGCAACUGGUACGGCCAGCAAGAAAUGCUCUUCGGACGUGGACCAGAUCUCGUCUACGACGACUUCAGUGUGCUAUCUGAUCAUCGAGAGAUCCGUUUGUGGGUUGGCGAUAACUCUAGAAAUGUGGAUGUCUCUCAUGCUGAUUUCUCGCUAACGUCGAGUGUAAUGAAGGGCUGUGUACGCAAGGACAUCAAACGUGAUGGAGUGCUCGAUUUUAUUAGCGAUACAUUACAAGAACUCGAUCGCGAUAUCUCUUCUAUGAAUCCAGAAGAGAUCACGGCGGAGGAGCAGACUUUUGGCAGCAGUUUGCCGUCCGCCGUUGCGUCUCAUCUUGACGUGGAUACUCAUGUACUCGCGCUUGAUUGGCAUCCCCGUCGCUUGGCGGUGCGUCUGCUACUUCGAGAUGGAUACAAACACGUCUACACGUUGUCGAUAGCUGACAAUUUAUCGUUCAGUAUGAACGAUAAACAAGGCACCAAGACGCUGAAACUGCAGCUCCACAAGUGCAUAAUCGACAAGAUCACGGUGAAAUUCGAGAACGAUGGGCACCUGACUCCUUCGCUAGCUUGCGUUUUAGAUGCAGGCUUCAUCUUCCGAGGGUUCCGUGGUCGUGCGAAGAAGAAGCCGUCUUUUUUCCGCCUUGUAUCGUCGCUUGUGUGUCUCACAUCGCGUAAACAAUGGCGUAAGAAGGAGUUCUUAGCACACGAAGAUCUGGAGCUCGAUGUGCAGUCUCUCAUCGCGUCCAAGGAGCAGUCUCCUGGUACACCAGUAUACGUAUACUGCUGCUACAAGCUCCAAAAGCUGGCCGUUGUACAGCCGACUGUUGUUAAUACUAAAGACAGCAACAACAUCGGUCGAAAUGCUGCCCUGGAGACCUGGUUAGAGCUCGAGAAGAAACUUAAAGAGCGACAAUCGAAGCUUGGAAACAGCCUCGUGGCUAUCGACAGUCCGGAGGCCAGAGUGAAAGCUGCACAAGAGCAAGAACAGGCUUCGAGGAAAGUGUACGUGCAAGUUACGGGUGAAAUCACACGUGUUCGUCGCUUUAGCAAGGGUAUGGCCUUCCUCUCGCUCGAGUUGACGGGCACUGGCUACGACAGACCGCUGCAGGUUUUCUUACAGCGAGAGACGAUGAAUUGGUCCUUAGAAACGUUUCUAAAGGUAGUGAGUCUACUUCGCAAAGGAGACGAGCUGAUUGGAGUUGGAUUCAUGGCUCGCAAUGCCCGUGGACACUCCAUGCUGCAAGUUGAAGCGCUGUCGUUAGCGCGUUCUGGAGAAUACGAAGCUUACAAUUAA